CCUACCUGCAGUCCAACCAGGUGAUGGGUUGGGGAGAAAAGGCCAUAGAGCUGAGGUCGGCCAACACUGGGAACCUGGAAGGAGUUUUYAUGCACAAAAAGACCCAGAAGCUGAAGUUCUUGUGUGAGAGGAACGACAAGGUGUUCUUUGCCUCGGUGCAGUCAGGAGGCAGCAGUCAGAUUUACUUCAUGACGCUCGGACACAACUCUCUGUUCAGCUGGUAACACGUGGACCUGGACCCUCUGAGGGGGACUGCUUGGGUCCAGCCUGGCUCCGGUUCAGUUUAGUUUUCACCCUGAAAGAGGACGAGUCCAUGRUGACUCGYCCUGCUUGAAUCCAUCCUGCCGUCCUGGACUACUGAAGCCUGUUUGUCUGUCUCUUCACAACACACAUGCUAUGUUCACUCACAGGUGUAGUGUCCUGCUGUCUCACCUGGACGUCUGAGGGAACAGGUGUCUUUGUGAGUCUUUACCAGGAGAUCAUGGCCAGAGGUGUAUGUGCGUGGAGCAGAAGGACGUCUGCUGAUGAGAUCAAUCUGUUUUUGUCCUUUARAAGAGUUUCCUUUAACCAUGUGCUCCAAACCUCUGCUUGUCUUUCCUCAGGUUCUGUUCACACGGCAGGUUUUAAGACCCAGUUCAGAGGUUUCUGUGUGUUCAGUACCRUUCUAACUGAAAUGACCUCCAUCAGACAGUCCUGAAGCAGAAUGAUGUCACACUCUGCRCAGRCUUUACAGCUGUAAACMUGGAUGCUACAUGUUAGCAUGUGUUGACCCRUCACAACCAGUUGCAUUAUGGUCUGUUGUGAUGGUUUGCUCCAUUGUUUCCCUCAGCUGCUUCCUGCCUGCAGGAGCAGGAGGCCACGUCUGGAGAAGAGAACAGUCCAGCCUGGUUCUGGUCCAACGUGUUGCUCUACUGCUGUUAGCAGUCAGUUCUGUCUUCAGUCGUUUCAAAAAGAAACAACCAGAYUUSUGUUCUGCAGCUGARGACCWGCAGAGUUUAGACUGCAGGAUGUUGGGAAGAAGAUCCAGAUCCAUCUGGAUCCCUGUAGUCCACUGAGCCCUGAGCSUUCAGACUGAGGUCUGUGAGAAACAUCAGAUGGUUCUGAUUUAGUUCCAGCUUUGAACAGAAUCAGAUUGAAUCCCUGUUGCCUGCAGUGUGAACACAGCCUUAGAGUCUUUGUGUUUUACAUCAGUUUUAUAAACUCUUUAAAUACAAAAAACUCUUAAGGUUUCAGCCCCUUCAUGUCACAUUUUCUUUUACUUUUUUUUCCUUGCUCAUUAUUAAAAUAAUUUCCUUUUAUCUGAUUUGUAGAUCUGGACUCGUACUUAUCAAACUUCUUAGAGUGGAUUUUUAGACUUAGGUGCUGAAAAUGUCUUAAAUUUGCUUCUACUGUCAGACUUAAGUGUAAACCAGUUAUCACAACUCUUCAGACUAAGAAUCACUCUUACUCUCCUGAAAAGUUAAGACGGCUCUUAACAUUUCCUCAAGCUCUGAGACAAAAAAUAUUGAAGCUGAGUUUUUUAAAUCAGAUUUUUUUUCUAUAUUUCUGUGUGCAUGUAAAACAUAGUGAAAUGUGCUGAAAAUCCAUGUAAUCAGUACAACUUAUGUAUGAAGAUUAAUGUGCUUAUUGUGAACUUGUGAUUUUCACAUUUUUUCCACUCAGAAUCUUCUUGAACAUGAAAUCCGAGGCAGUGAUUGGUCCAUGUCAGGUUUU